AUGUCGACUACAGUACUGGUCAGCGACCUUCCCUCCAACUGCGAGUCUUCCUACAUAUUCACCGAGCUACGUUUGCAAGAAGACGAAGUCGAAGAAGUCUACACACGAGCGGGAGGAGGCGAGUCCGCCUGGAUAGUCUUCAAGUCCCGCGAACUCGCCAAGGUAUUCGAGAAUGAACACAAAGGCUACCACUUCGGGGCAACCGGCAAGAAGAUCGCGACCUCAUUCUGGACCGAAUCUAUUCCCGAACACGCCACCAAUCGCUAUUCCGACUUCGUCCGCGCCCGGGAUCACCAAAUACUCUCGAGUACCGUUGAGAUUACUGGUCUUCCCGACAAACACACCAUGAGUAACAUGAAUGAAUUGUUCAGGUCGGUGCGAGACCAGUACUCUGAGACCACCGAGAAGAGUCAGCAUCGUAAUCCAACCUACUAUGACUAUAACGAGCCCAUCAACAUUCUUCAAGUCAAAACCCCCGAUCCAGGAGUCGGCCUUUUGCAGCUUGCGCAGCCUUGGAUGGCAGUCGCCAUUGUACAACAGUACGCGGGUACUUACUGGAAGAACGCGACCCUCAACGCUCGAUGCGUCCCUGACGAAGAAAUGGAGAAACUGCUUGUCAAUGAGCCCAGCGCCACUGACGUAUCGCUCUUCGUCAAGGGCUUGAAGGUCGGUACGUCAUCGAAGGAGGUGCGAGAUAUCUUCAAGGACUUUCCCAUUCGCGAUGUCAACAUACUACCAGGCGGCAAGACGUUCUGCUUCGUCACCGUCCAGCAAGCACACGCAGAUUCGAUCCUGGCGCAGUUCGAGAAUGGCGUCAAGUGGCAAGGUCGCACCAUCAAGGUGGACUUAUCGGACAAGGACAAGAGGAAGAAGAAAGCCGAGUUUGGUUCUAGCGGCGCCACUCCCAUUGCCGCGCCAGCUGCGCCAGCUUUCCUACCACCUACGGAUAUCACGGACUUAAAACUGAGCAACCUCCCGUACGACGUCACAGAAUACAAAAUCCGCACCCUAUUCGAGGGCUUCGCCGUAUACAAGGUCGUCAUCAUGUCCGGCCUUGCUUUCGUGGGCAUUCCGACAGGGGAAGUCGGCCGCGCGAUCAAUAUGAUAAACGACACGAUGAUUGGGGCUCGAUACAUUGAGGUGAAGGUUGCGAAUAGCCGGAAGAAAUAG